CUUGGAAAUUCAAGUUUGAAAAUCCUGAUCAUGGUAACCUUUGCCUGUUAUGUUACCUAUGCAUUAAUGAAUCGAUUUCUGAUAGGAUUAGCUGGAAAUGUUAUCAAAACUGGAAAUGUCAUAAAAACUUGAUAGAUAUUCCCGAGAAAAGACUGAACUUCACAGUUUAGCAAUUCAUUAGAAUCAGCAGCUCAUGCAGUCUUCGGCUGGACUCAUAAGAAGCUUCAUCUCUCAAGGGUCACACAAAGAAGCCCUUCUCCUCGAUUCUAAAAUUCGACCUGAAAGAACCCACCAACUUGUAGAAGUAAUUCCUUUACUUCUUAAAGCUUGUGCUUCCCUCUGUUUGCUUUACCAUGGAAAAACUUUACACGCUGAGUCAAUCAAAAAUGGUAUUGAUUCUAAUGUCUUUGUAGGAACUGCCCUGAUAAAUAUGUACUCUAAAUGUCAUGUAAUAUUUGACUCGCGUAAAGUUUUCGAUGGAAUGCCUGAUCGAAAUGUAAUCACUUGGAAUGCCAUGAUAGGUGGGUAUUCGAGAAAUGGUGAUAUGGGCUCUGCUUCAUUUCUCUUUCAACAGAUGAAAAAUCGUACUUCGGUUACUUGGUCUGAAAUGGUUGAUGGUUUUUCGAAGAAUGGUGAUAAUGUUUCUGCCAGGCGUUUCUUUGAUCAGACUCCGCUUGAGAUGAGAAGUGUAGUAACUUGGACUGUAAUGGUUGACGGGUAUGUAAGUAAUGGGGAGAUGGAAGCUGCAAGGACUUUGUUUGAACAAAUGCCUGAAAGGAACUUCUUCGUCUGGUCAUCGAUGAUAUCUGGGUAUUGUAAGAAAGGUCUUAUGCAAGAGGCUAAAUCUGUUUUCGGUAGGAUUUCUGUCCGAAACUUAGUCAUUUGGAAUGCAUUGAUUUCUGGGUAUGCUCAAAAUGGGUUCUCCGAGGAAGCGCUCAAAGCAUUUCAGAGAAUGCAGGAUGAGGGGUUUAAACCUGAUGAGUUUUCAGUAGCAAGUGCCUUAUCUGCUUGCGCUCAGUUGGGUUCGUUAGAUUGCGGCAAAAGAGUUCAUGAUUUGAUUAAGCGAAAUGGUAUCAAGUUAAAUCAGUUUGUUGUCAACGGAUUAGUGGAUAUGUACGCGAAAUGUGGAGAUAUAAGCAAUGCAAAGCGCAUAUUUGAGAGGAUGAGUUCUAGAAAUGACGUCUGCUGGAAUGCAAUGAUCACAGGCCUUGCUGUCCAUGGGCGAAGUAGAGAGGCUCUUGAACUUUUUAGCCAAAUGGAGGAAUCAAGUGAGAAGCCAAAUUCGGUUUCCUUCCUUUCUGUGCUCUCAGCUUGUGCGCGUGGGGGAUUCACUGACGAAGGUUUACAAAUUUUUUCAAAGAUGAAAGAGAAAUAUGGUUUAGAAGCAAGAAUCGAACAUUAUGGGUGCUUGGUUGAUCUUUUGGGACGCGCAGGGCGAGUAAAUGAUGCAUAUGAUUUGAUCAAGACCAUGCCUGUGAAGCCAAAUGAUGCAGUUUGGGGAGCUUUGCUUGGAGCUUGUAGAAUUCAUUCUGAUGCAAAGAUAGCAGAGAAGGUGGUGGAGGAAGUCGGUUUAUUAGAUCAGAAUCAGCGUGCUGAUGAUGACGCACACUAUGUGAUAUUAUCCAACAUAUAUGCUGCAUCAGAUAGGUGGGAGACCGCAGAAAAGAUGAGGGUGAUAAUGGCCAAGGGUGGAACCCAAAAAACUGCUGGGCGCAGUUCAGUCAUGCUUGGGGAGCUAUAGCAGCCUUGUAUAGAGUUUUCCCUGCCAUAACUUAAGAAGAGGAUACUCACAAAAGCUCCCCCCAACCAUAUUAAUAUUAAACCAGAGUAAUUUAACAUCAUAAACCAUCUUCCAUCUUGUGUAUGACCAUUUUCACUUGCACCUUGUACGUUCUAAAACA